AUGAGACCAAGACAAGACCGAGGGAUCCGAGACCAAGACAAGACCAAGACCAAAGACGGUCGAGACUGUGACAAGACCGAGACCACUUUAUCACGUGUUCAUCAGGUUCCAGUGAAGCAGCUGCGAGCUCACAGAGAAGCCGUCACCGCUGCUCGCCUCUGCUUCAACGACAGCUUCCUCCUCAGCUGCUCCUCAGACACCACCGCCGUCCUCUGGGACGUGGAGAGCUGCCGGCCGCGGAGGCUGUUCAGUGGAGUUCAUGAAAAACCUGUGAGUGAGUGUGCUGUGAUCCCAAACAGCAACAGGAUACUGACGGUCUCCUGGGAUAAGCAGAUGGUUUGCUGGGACGUGGAGACCGGACAGACUCUGUGGACGUCGAGGCAGAACGGCCUGUUGACCUCCUGCAGCGUCUCAGCUGACGGCCGGCUGGUCGUUUGUGCUUCAGAUCCUCAGAACGGCGUGAACGUGAGCGACGCCGCCAGCGGUCAGACGCUGCAUCACGUCAGCGGUCAGCACCGCUCCACCAUCACACGGUGCCGCUUCGACCCUCACAGUCAGCGCGUCGUCACGGCGUCGGCAGACCGCAGCGUUAAACUGUUGGACCUGCUCACCUUCAAAACCACCGUGACCAUCGACAGUAACCACGGCAACGUUGUCUCUGACUGCUGCUUCACCAACGACGGCCGCUUCCUGUGCACGGCCUCGUGGGAUAAGACGUUGAAGCUGUGGGACCUGCAGACGGGAGCGUUUCGGUCUCACGGUGGGACGACGCUGCAGAGAGGACACGAAGGCAGCGUGAGCUCCUGCUGCUUCUCUACUGAUGCGAACCUCCUGGUGUCCGGCUCCUAUGACAGGACUGUUGCACUCUGGGAUAUGUCCACUCUCUGCCAGUCUCUCAUCCUGAAGGGUCACACUGAUUGGGUGACAGACGUGUCAAUCAGCGCUGACAGGAAGUUGUUGUGCUCCGCCUCGAAGGACGGGACGGUCAGAUUGUGGAACAUUGAGAACAUGGAGGAGAUCCCAGGGGUGAUGGAGAAGAGGAGGACUGAAGGAACAGGAGUCCACAUUCUGAAGUGUGAGGAGUGUGGGAAACCGUUUCCUGUGUCCAGACUUCAGACCUCAGAGCUGCUGACUCAGUGCGUCUUCUGUCGACUCAGAUCGCCCUCCAGAUACCGACCGCAGCCUCCGCCGGUCAUGUGA